CGGAGGCCUCCCCACUGCGGAACCCGGCGGGGAGGGGAGAGCGGCCUGGGGCGGGCGCCCCGCGCCGGAAGCGUGCCGGUCGCGCUGGGGUGGCCGCGGACAUGUGGAAGAUGUCCUUCAAGAAGGAAACUCCACUUGCCAACGCCGCAUUCUGGGCAGCAAGAAGAGGCAACCUGGCUCUGCUCAGGCUGUUGUUGAACAGCGGUCGGGUGGAUGUGGACUGCAGGGACAGUCAUGGCACCACGCUCCUCAUGGUCGCCUCCUAUGCCGGUCACAUAGACUGUGUGAGGGAACUGGUUCUGCAAGGAGCAGACAUCAAUCUCCAGAGAGAGUCAGGUACAACUGCCCUGUUCUUUGCUGCCCAGCAAGGACAUAAUGACGUCGUGAGAUUUCUCUUUGAAUUUGGAGCAUCCAGUGAAUUUAGGACCAAAGAUGGGGGCACGGCCCUGUUGGCUGCCAGUCAGUACGGGCACAUGCAGGUGGUGGAGACGUUGCUGAAGCAUGGAGCCAACAUCCACGACCAACUCUACGAUGGAGCCACUUCUCUCUUCCUCGCUGCCCAAGGUGGCUACUUGGAUGUGAUUCGAUUAUUGUUGUCUUCAGGAGCAAAAGUCAACCAACCAAGGCAGGACGGGACGGCGCCGCUGUGGAUCGCGUCGCAGAUGGGCCACAGCGAGGUGGUGAGGGUGAUGCUGCUGCGCGGAGCCGACCGGGACGCUGCCCGCAACGAUGGUACAACAGCAUUACUCAAAGCAGCCAACAAAGGCUAUAACGAUGUUAUAGAAGAGUUGCUGAAAUUCUCACCCACCCUUGGUAUUUUGAAGAAUGGGACAUCGGCCCUCCACGCGGCAGUACUCAGUGGGAAUACUAAAACAGUCGCGCUGCUCCUGGAAGCAGGGGCGGACCCAGCCCUGAGAAACAAGGCCAAUGAACUUCCGGCAGAACUAACCAAAAAUGAACGUAUACUGCGUCUCCUCCGAAGUAAAGAAGGACACAGGAAGAGCUAACUUAGUUCCAUAUUUCACUGAAAGAUAGAAACCCCAUUGCCCAAAAAGAAAUUGCUUUUCAAAUAGUGUUGGAAAUUCCUUUAAGCAAGGAAAUGCCCAGAAUGCCCACCCUGGGUCCCUGACCAAGGAGAGCUGGGCUCUGUGCCCCGAGUCAAGAACAGAAAGGCUCAGGGACCCCUUGCCCUCACUUUCAUGGGCUUCUCAUGCUGGCCAGUAACUCCAAUGCUAUGGGGCCUGCCAGGUUCGUGGAGUCCACAGAAACUCAUUUUAAACCACACUAAGUUGGGUCUCUCCGUUAAACUCUAAGAGUUAAACCCUGGAAGAGGUUUAAGCAAGAUGAUGAAAGCCUUUAAAAGACUGAAAGUGUGAUCUUCAGUGAAUCAAAGCACUUCUGCUUUUGUGUUAAUUGUAAGUGUGCUAAGAGAUAUAGCUCCCUCAUAUUUUACACAUAGAUGUAUGUCCUUCCAGCGUAAAAUGUUUUCUUCUACCCAAAGAUCGUAACCAUGAUUCUGAAGCAAUGAUGUGUAAAUUUACAUUACAGAGCCACUUCUGACAUUCCACCAUGUGAUUUUCCAAGAUGGACUGUUGAACUAUAAAAAAGAGAAAUUGUUUAGUUGCGAGGUGAUCCUCAUCUCAUUCCUAACACAUAAAAAAUCAUUUUUACCUAGAAUCAAUAUGGUAGGUACGGUAGGAUGUGAGUGGCAAAUUUGGAAACUCAGAAAAUUACAAACCACAGGAAAUUUAGGCUUGUCUCUUUGAACUUUUAUUUUGGUUCUAUUGUUGGGAAUCCGCUUCCCAUGCCAUAACUAAGUAACUUAAUAUGCUGUGUAAUCCUAUUGCUUGACCCAAUGACUUUGAGGUCCUUGGAUAAAAUGUGACAUAUGCAAGUACAAUAUGUUGCUAUUCUAUUGCAGGAGUAUAAGUAAUAAAAGACUGUUAUUAGUAUUUAAUAAGUGUUCAUCUAUGCAUGUUCUUGAGCUGAUUGAUUCCAAGAAAGAAACCCGAGUUUUAUUGAAUUAUUCCUUGGAGGGGAGUCAAAAUUUAUGUUCAAUGCACUUUAUAAUCAAUGGUGUCUAAAUGCCUCAGUCAGUGCCUAAUUGCACACUCACAAAUUAGACCAUCUUUCUAUAAUCUACCAUAAUAAACGCUGAUGGUAUUUCUGUUAUUUAAAUAUUCUUUGGUUUUCUUUUCAUGUUCUGUUCUGGUUUCCAGCCAAUGUUCUGUGUAAAGACAUGUUAAGAUGGAAAGAAAUGCAGUCGCCAAAGUUGUUUUUUUUUUUAACCAACUUGCAGUGGUACUAAAAGCAUUAUCUUUAAGUCAGUAAGCGAUGGAAUAUAAUUUUUGAAAUUAGAAUAUAUUCUCUUAAAGUUUGUUAUGAUCAAUAAAAUAAUCAAUCAACAAAAAUCAGCUUAUUUUAGUCAAUAAAGGCAGUAAUGAUCAA